AUGGGUUCUCAUGGCCAACCUAUCACGGCAUCGUCGACUGUUGUUCCAGGCUCUGAAUCAUCGCUCAGGCCCGCACUGGAUGAUGGCCAAAUCGCUGGGAUCGCCGUAGGCAGCGUCUUCGGCAUCGUCCUCGUCGCGCUAGCUAUCUGGCUCCUUCGAAAGCGCUCCAAGCGUCGCCAGCAUGUUAACAUUCCCGAAGACGACUACCAAAUGACUUCAGCCGCCGCAGCAGCCGCUAUUAUCGACUCAUCGCCACCCACCAUGAACCAACGCGACCCAAGCGGGCCCCUGCCCAGCAACACGAGUGGUGAAAGCUCUCGCGAGGGCAAUGUUCGCAUUGUUAUCCAGCCAACUGAGAAGCGUCGGACUCAGAGCAGCGGUCUCUUCCCUAUCCCAAAGAUCUGGCCGCAGCCGCCCGGAUACAACGGCAGGACUUACAGCUUCUCGGCGGGAGAGAGUGCAGAGUCUUCUCCUCGCGAGCCGAUGACUUGGAGCAAUGCGAGCGAGUACGGAGGUUCGAGCAACCGAGAAGGUUUGCCUGGUAGUGGCACGCGAGGAAAUAUCGCGAUGCGCAAUGCUCAGAGGACUGAGGGUGCUGGCGGUGCAAGUGGCAGCAGAUUUUGA